GUUACGGCCGCCGACCAAUCAGCUCGGCGCUUGUGAUCCCCGCCGACCAAUCGGAGCGCAGGCUGCUGGUGGGUUUAUAAAAGCUUUGUCUGGAGUUCAGCUCUCCCCGCCGCCUCUUGAGAACAUUUUGCUGCAGUCUCUGUGUUGGAACCAGAGAAUCUUUUGAGCUCCUCCACCUUCUGCGCUCCCAGGAACUGCGGCUCGCUGGUUUAGCAUAGUCCUUUCAAAUAUCAGGCAAGAUGAGGGAAAUCGUGCACAUUCAAGCUGGGCAAUGUGGUAACCAAAUCGGUGCUAAGUUCUGGGAGGUGAUUAGUGACGAACAUGGGAUUGACCCCACUGGGACUUACCAUGGUGACAGUGACUUGCAGCUGGACCGCAUCAGUGUUUACUACAAUGAGGCCACCGGUGGUAAAUAUGUCCCUCGUGCCAUCUUGGUUGAUUUGGAGCCUGGAACUAUGGACUCCGUGAGGUCUGGACCUUUUGGCCAGAUCUUCCGACCAGACAACUUUGUAUUUGGCCAGAGUGGAGCUGGUAACAACUGGGCCAAAGGUCACUAUACAGAAGGUGCUGAGCUGGUUGAUUCAGUCCUGGAUGUAGUGAGGAAGGAAGCAGAGAGCUGUGAUUGCCUGCAGGGAUUCCAGCUGACCCACUCUCUGGGUGGUGGAACCGGUUCCGGGAUGGGCACCUUACUGAUCAGCAAGAUCCGUGAAGAGUACCCUGACCGCAUCAUGAACACCUUCAGCGUGGUGCCAUCUCCCAAGGUCUCUGACACAGUGGUGGAGCCAUACAAUGCCACCCUCUCAGUACACCAGCUGGUGGAGAACACAGAUGAGACCUACUGCAUUGAUAACGAAGCUCUAUACGACAUCUGCUUCCGCACUCUCAAGCUCACCACUCCCACCUAUGGUGACCUGAACCACCUAGUCUCUGCCACCAUGAGUGGUGUAACAACCUGCCUCCGCUUUCCUGGACAGCUCAAUGCUGACCUCCGCAAGCUGGCGGUCAACAUGGUCCCUUUCCCUCGUCUCCACUUCUUCAUGCCUGGCUUUGCUCCCUUGACGAGCCGUGGCAGCCAACAGUAUCGAGCCCUCACAGUGCCAGAGCUGACACAGCAAGUCUUUGAUGCCAAGAACAUGAUGGCGGCCUGUGAUCCCCGACAUGGACGCUACCUAACUGUGGCAGCCGUCUUCCGGGGCCGUAUGUCCAUGAAAGAGGUGGACGAGCAGAUGCUGAACGUGCAGAACAAGAACAGCAGCUACUUCGUAGAGUGGAUCCCCAACAACGUCAAAACAGCCGUGUGUGACAUCCCUCCCCGUGGUCUGAAAAUGGCUGUCACUUUCAUCGGCAACAGCACAGCUAUCCAGGAGCUCUUCAAACGUAUCUCUGAGCAAUUCACUGCCAUGUUCCGCCGCAAGGCCUUCCUCCACUGGUACACAGGUGAGGGCAUGGACGAGAUGGAAUUCACAGAAGCAGAGAGCAACAUGAACGACCUGGUCUCUGAAUACCAGCAGUACCAGGAUGCCACAGCCGAGGAAGAGGAGGACUUCGGGGAAGAGGCUGAGGAAGAAGCUUGAGGUUCAUCUACCACCAUUUAAAAAAAAAAUUAAAAGAAAUCCGCACAAAAUAAAAAUAAAAAUAAAAAGUUCCAUCUCAUGUUCUGUUUCUUUCUCCUCUUCCUCAAGCCUAAUCUGUCAAUCCUUUCUCUCAGGCUUAUAUUUUUUAGGGUGCAGUCUCUGUUUCAAUGCUGGUUUAACAUGGUCUUAAUUCUUAUAUGGUUCUUUCUCAGUGUUGGGAUUAACUCAUGGCUGAGAACACAACAGCAGUCAGUUAAGGUGUUCCCUGUGAAUGAUAAAAUAGAGUCAGCGUGGAAGGAAGUGCUGUCUUUGCCAACGCCUAAGUUUUCAGCUCUUGGUGAUCAACUGAAGUUAUUUGAGACUCCGGGUUAAAGAAGAAACUGAACUUUCCCUUUCUAAUUCUGGUCUUCACUGCCACUCACUGUACCCAUGUGGGCUGUAAGGUAGGAAUAUCAAGACUCAGUGGCAUGUAUUGGAGGAGGGUUUGGAGGAAAGAUGGACCCAUAUGUGCACUGCUACAAGUACGGUAACUGGUUAGGCAGCUGCAUUUGCUUAUGGAAACUAAAGGCUGAUUCCACAUAGUGUGAAGAGAAUGAGGUUUGGGGGAAGCGUUUGAAGGCAGUGUCUGGUAUGGGGAGUAUGCAGAAGUAGGAAGACUGAUGUGAGGAUUUUGCUGCAUCUGGUAGGAUGAAAUCCGCUCUCUCGGCUUCACUUCGCGAACGAAGAUUUAAGAAAGGUGCAGUAGUCCACGUCUGCUGCAGGCUCGCUGGUGGCUGACAAGACCAAUGCGGGACAGGCAGGUCUGGCCACAGUGGCUGCAGGGAAAAGUCUGAUUUGGAGUUGGUGCUGUAGCAGUACGAUGAAAUCCUAGUGAAGUUUAAAUAGCUUGUGGAGCUUCAGGGCUCUAAACAGCCCUGGAAUUACCAAAAGAAACAUUCCCCCAAAUUUCUAUCAGUCUCCUUUACUCGCACUCCAAUCUUAUCAGUGCUACUCAGGAGGAAUGAUGGACAGCCAUAAAUUCCAGUUGAUGGCAUGUAUCCUACUCCAGUGAGUGUAGUCCUCUUCCAACAAGGUAGCAUGCUUCCAUUGAUCUAGAAUUGCGCUAUAGUGCAUGCAGCAGUGGAAUGGGAAUAAUGCAGCAAUCUUGCAAAAGGAAUUGGGGGGGGGGGUGAGUCUGCUUGGUUGUAGGUCACUAAAGGAACUGGUGUUGCUCAGUGUUGGAUGGGGGGUAAUUGCAGAUUCAAGUUUAGAUACAGGAGCAAAGCCUUGGGUGGGAAUGUGUUGGGCGUGGGCAUCUUCCAAAGAAUGAAAACAGUGCCAGUUACCCAUCAGAAUGCCUCCAAAGAGCUAGCCUACGCAUACUAUGUGACUUUUUCUACUGUCACCACCAUCUAAAGUGGUAUAGUCCUUGCUACAGGUACAGGCAAGGUGAAGAUUUGAUGCAGUUUCCAGAUAGGGCCAACGUAGGGAUCUUUCAAGAGAAAUAGAGGCUGUAUGACUGCUUUAGUUCUUGCACCAAUGCAAAUGGGAUUACAUUGGGAAAGUUUCUCUACCACACUUAACACCUUUAGCUUCACUCAGUCUUUACUAUUUUUGCCUCUCUGCUUUCUUUUUCUCACUCACUUUUCAUUUUUUUGUUUUAAAUCCCUGCUUUUUCAUAUUGAAAAGAUGUCAUGUGAACAAAUAAAAAAUGUGUUUUUAUGUUC